AUGUCGUCUACUGGCCGUGAGCGCAGACCCUCCGUCGGAGCUCCCAUUGCGGACCUCCAAGGCCCUGUCGGCCCGGGGUUCAGUCGCCCGAAGCAUAAGCGCACGUUCACGGGAUUCGGCCCCGCCGAGAUCAAGAGCGUCGAAGCCAGCAUCCCCGAGCCAUUGCGAGAGGCCCGGAGCCCGGCAAAUGCAGAUGGCGCAAUCAUGUCCUCCGCCACGGAAUUCAAGACCAAGGAGGAAUUUGAGAAAGAAUUUGUGCGCCAUAUCGAGACGACUCUCGCUCGAUCGCUGUACAAUUGCGAUGAAUUGGCGGCCUACUCGGGCACGGCACUCGCCUUUCGAGAUCGGCUCAUCAUUGAAUGGAACCGAACUCAACAACGCCAGACCUUUGCGGAUCAGAAGCGAGUCUACUAUCUCUCGCUCGAAUUCCUGAUGGGUAGAGCCCUGGACAAUGCAAUGCUCAAUGUAGGAAUGAAAGAUGUCGCACGAGACGGCUUGAAAGAUCUCGGAUUCCGGAUCGAGGAUGCGAUCAACCAGGAGCAUGAUGCGGCGCUGGGCAAUGGCGGCCUCGGCCGGUUGGCGGCGUGCUUCAUGGAUAGCAUGGCCACCCUGAACUAUCCCGCCUGGGGCUACGGACUGCGAUACCGCUAUGGUAUUUUCAAGCAGGAGAUAGUCAACGGCUACCAGGUGGAGAUUCCAGACUAUUGGCUCGACAACAACCCGUGGGAAUUCCCUCGUCACGAUAUUACGGUUGAUAUUCAGUUCCAUGGCCAUGUGGAGAAAUAUCAAGACGAGGCCGGUAAAACAUGCAGCUCCUGGACGGGUGGAGAGACCGUCCAAGCGGUUGCCUACGAUGUGCCCAUCCCGGGUUAUGGCACCAAGACGACCAAUAACCUCCGACUGUGGUCCAGCAAGGCGAGCAGCGGAGAGUUCGAUUUCCAGAAAUUCAAUGCGGGCGACUAUGAGAGCGCGGUGGCCGACCAGCAGAACGCCGAGACAAUUUCCGCGGUUUUGUAUCCCAAUGAUAACCUCGAGCGUGGCAAAGAGCUUCGCCUGAAGCAGCAGUACUUUUGGUGCGCCGCUUCACUCUAUGACAUCGUGCGACGAUUCAAGAAAACUAAGCGGGCAUGGAGCGACUUCCCGGACCAGAUUGCCAUCCAACUUAAUGACACUCACCCGACCCUGGCCAUCGUCGAGCUACAGCGGAUCCUGAUUGACGUGGAGGGUCUGGAAUGGGACGAAGCCUGGCGUAUCGUGACGGGCACCUUCGGAUACACCAACCACACAGUGCUUCCGGAAGCGUUGGAGAAAUGGUCGGUUCCUUUGAUGAGCAACCUUCUGCCACGACACCUGCAAAUCAUCUAUGAUAUCAAUCUCUACUUCCUCCAAUCUGUGGAGAAGCGAUUCCCCAAUGACCGGGACAUGCUGUCUCGAGUAUCCGUCAUCGAAGAAUCCCACCCGCAGAUGGUGCGGAUGGCCCACAUUGCAAUUAUCGGAUCUCAUAAAGUCAAUGGCGUGGCUGAACUUCAUUCUGAUCUCAUCAAGACCACAAUCUUCAAAGACUUUGUGAAGAUCUACGGGCCCGAUCGCUUCACCAAUGUGACCAACGGCAUUACCUCCAGACGUUGGUUGCACCAGGCAAACCCAUCGCUUUCCGCUUUAAUUGCGGACAAACUAGGCGGGUAUGAAUUCUUGACCGAUCUAACCCUCCUGGAUAAACUCGAGGCCUUCGUGGAUGACAAGAAUUUCCGCCGGGAGUGGGCCGAUAUCAAGGCUAACAAUAAACUCCGGCUCGCCAAACUGAUCAAGGAUGUCACUGGAUAUUCUGUGAAUCCAAACUCCCUGUUCGAUGUGCAAGUAAAACGCAUCCAUGAAUACAAGCGCCAGCAGCUCAAUAUUUUCGGUGUGAUUCAUCGUUACCUCACCAUCAAGGCCAUGUCUGCUGAAGAGCGGAAGAAGGUGGUCCCGCGUGUUUCGAUCUUUGGCGGCAAGGCGGCUCCCGGGUACUGGAUGGCCAAAUCCAUCAUUUAUCUGAUCAACAGCGUUGCUGCAGUAGUGAACAAGGAUGAGGAGAUCGGUGAUCUUCUGAAGGUCAUCUUCAUCGAGGAUUAUAAUGUCAGCAAAGCGGAAAUCAUCUGCCCGGCAUCGGAUAUCAGCGAGCACAUCUCCACCGCUGGAACCGAGGCUAGUGGUACCAGUAACAUGAAAUUCGUCCUCAACGGGGGCCUGAUUAUUGGUACAUGUGAUGGAGCCAACAUUGAAAUCACUCGCGAGAUCGGGGAGCAGAACAUCUUUUUGUUCGGCAACCUCGCUGAAGACGUCGAGGAGCUACGCCACCGACACUACUAUGGCGACUUCCAGCUCGAUCCACAUCUCAAGAAGGUGUUUGAUGCGAUCAAGGCAGGCACCUUCGGGGACGCCGGUUCAUUUGCGUCAUUGAUGUCCUCGAUCGAGGAGCAUGGAGACUAUUAUCUUGUUUCGGACGACUUCAAUUCCUACAUCACCACGCAUGAGAUGGUCGACAAGGAGUUCCAAAACAAGGAGGAGUGGCUGGUCAAGUCGAUCACCAGCGUCGCCCGUAUGGGCUUCUUCUCCAUGGACCGGGUGACGGCUGAAUAUGCGGAUAGUAUCUGGAAUGUUGAGCCGCUGGAUGUUAGCAGGGGUUGA